CAUGUUGAAGCGUGUGCCCCUCACAUUCUGGAGAUAGGAGCGGGGCAGUACUUGAAGGGAGAGCAAGCAGCAAGCCUAUUUCAGACACUUGAACCGGGACUGCCAACGGUUUACUGGAGUUGCUCGCUAUCCAACCAUAAGCAUGAAUUCAAAUUUCUAUAGGCAAAAGCUCGGCUCGGUUUCUGGACGCCGAGACGCUCGCGCCCAAACGCAAUGCGUCGCCUGCAGGGCCCAGCAGCAGUCUCCCAAGCCUCGGCCCAACCCAAGGGUAGCGCCACAAUAUAGUAGCGCAUCGCGGCCGAGCACUGGGAAAGCAGCAGCUACGCCGGGCAGCGGUGGCGUGCAAGUUGAGGGCAGUCCUGUCGUUGUCGAGCCUGCUUCUCCGGCUCUCCUGGACGAGCCUCUAUCACCGAUGGACGUGGAUGCUGAGUUAUGGAGCGUGCUCGACAUCUGCAGUGACGACGAGCUCGAGACAUUGUACAACAUCCUUCACUCGGCGUCUCCCUUUAGCCCCAUUAUCAAGAGCCUAGUGGUGGAGCGCGACGAGCCACCGCUCAUCUCGGCCCGUGGGCGGCGCAGCGUCAUGCACAAGGUGGAGAGCCACCUGCGCUUCCUGGCGGCGGGCAGCGGCCACCUGCUGCGCGGCGCCCGGCCCAGCUACCGCGAGAUACUGCUCAACGUGCGGGACAAGCUGGAUGUGCGCUGCAGCCGCAACCUGGGCACCUACGACCUGGAGACCGAGAUCUUCCUGCACUGCCUCAACCACUGCGCCGAAUACGUGGGGGGAGGAGCAGCAGGCGCAGCAGCAGGAGCAGGAGCAGGAGGAGGAGGAGGAGCAGGGGAAGGGGCAGUGGCAGGAGCAGGGGUAGGGACAGGGGAAGGAGCAGGGGCAGGGGCGGGGGAGGCAGGGGCAGCAGGGCUGAAUGGGGCGGGUGUGGAGCCGGUAGACCCCUCGCGUGCGGCAUCGUUCGCCAUGCUCACCACGGUGGAUGUGGUGGUGGGAGGAGGAGCAGCAGGAGCAGCAGCGGGAGGAGGAGGAGGCGGGCGAGGAGGCGGCGGAGGACGAGCCGAGGAGGCAGCAGCGGAGCCGUCCAGUAGCAGCGCCAGCACCAGCGGCAGUAGCAGCACCGGUAGCAGCGCCAGCGGCACCAGCAGUAGCGGCAGUAGCGGCAGUGGCGGCAGCGGCAGUAGCGGCAGUAGCGGCAGCGGCCGGGGCAACUGGACGGAGCGGCUGACGGCGCCUUUGCGUCUGGGUCUGAAGGACCUGGCCCCCACGCUGUUGAACCUGGCGGGGGCGGUGACAGUCACCAAGGUGGGGCAGCAGGCGGCGCAGCAGUUGGCGUCCAACCUGGUCUGUUCACAUCUCAAAUACCAGGCGGCGCUGCGGGCUGCCACGGGUCUGGGCGGCCUGGGUGUGAAGGGCGCGGUAGCGGGCUGGGGCAAGCAGGCCGUGCUGGAGGCCGCCCAGCGCUCCCUGACCGCCGCCACCGCCCGCUACGCCGCCCUGCGCGGCGCGCUGUCUCUGCUGGGCCCGCUCAUGUGGGGCUGGCUGGCGCUGGACCUGGCGCUCAAAGCCAUCGGGCCAGACUACGCGCGCGUGGUGCGGGCCGUGUUCCUGCUGUCGCAGGUGCGGCUGGUGCGCACCCACGGAUUCGUGUCGGGCGAGAUGGCGGCGGCGGCGGCGGCGGCGGCCUCCACAUACGAGUCGGACUUUGGUCUGGAGGAGGAGGACGACUAUUACGACCCAGGGGCAGCUGUGCCCUGGCUGUGAAGGAAGUAAAUGUUGUGUGUGUGAGUUUUGCUUGGAUGGGUUUGGAAAGUGUAUGGAAAUGUGAGGAAGUGUGUGGAAGUGUGUGGAAAGUGGACCUGUGGAGGUAUGUGUGGGAGGCUGUGCGGAGGCGCGCAGGGGCGGCGGGGGCGUGUGGGCUGGCAACUGCACAUGACGGCGCCGCAGCAUUGCUGCUAGCGCUGGUGACACAAUGCCAGCGCAGUAUUGACACUUCAUGUGCUGCAUUGUGUGCAAGCGCGAGAGGGAGCUUGCAACCUUGGCAAAGAACGUGAUGCAUUUCAGUUUGUACACAUAUAAGCGCCUGCGCGCCAUCUUACACAGGGAUUCACUGGGUGCCCCGCCCCUCCCUGACUGUGCACUAAUACAACGCGACAGCCUACCGUGAGCUUGCCGUGACACCCGCUAACGAUGCAGGGGUGUGCACAGUUGUCUCUUGCACAACCGUAUCGUAAAAGACUUGAUGUGUAUGCAUAAUAUACAAAGCUCGAAAAGGCGGUGGGAGCGCUGCCGCAGUGUAUGGCUGAUGGACGGAGGUUUACUCAAGUGUGGAGGCUUUCAAUGUAAUGCUGGCAUGUGUAUGUAUGCUGUCAUGCUGUCAUGUUCACCGCGGGCGGGAGACGCUCUCGGCACCUGAUGAGCGUGUGCGCCUAGUUCUGCUGGUGUGAAUGGCAUGCCGGUGUUAAGGUGUAAAGGUAUUGUGGGCAAGUAAAUGUUUGUGGCUCAGCGGUGCAGGUGCGUCACCUACUGGUGCCCGCCACACACGCACACACACACACACACACACACACACACACACACACACACACACACACACACACACACGUGUGCCGCAGGCUCCGACAGUUCGUGUGUUGUGUUGUGGUGGGGUGUGCGCGGCAACUGGGUUACCAGGCCUGCAUGUCACAGGGCCCGUCGUGGGCUUGCUGCAGCGGCUUGGUGCAGUUGCAUGUGUGGGCGCGAGGAGGUGGCUGCGUGUCGCCACGGGUAUAGGCAUUGUACGCGCGGUGUGUGCGCGGCUGCGGCGUCGCGCUGGUGUUGCCUGUUGUCGCAAGUUGUCGUGUGCUGGAACUGACAGCCCGCCGGCUGUCACAGAAUCUCGCAAUGCAAGCGGUGGUAGCAGUGGUUCCAAAAUGAGCCGGGCCUCACGCAAGGAUUCCGGUGCUGGGGUACAACCGCACAAGCCACAAUUUAAUUUGUGCGAGAAGAGUUCAAUCUGCCAUUAGGGAAAGGGCGCAUGGAAACCCGGCCUGCCGCUGUGCCAGGGGUUUGCCAUGGGACAGGGUUUAGGCAGGUUGGCGAGGUUCCUUCGGGUGCAGCUGACGCCCAUACCCCGAGCAGAUGGCAAACAAUAUGCAAUGGCAGGGGUGCGCGGCUGGUCGAACGCCGGAGUUACUGUACCGACAAGUUGUUGA